AUGGCGCUAAUCUUUGACACUAUGGAAGACACCUCUGGAAAAGUUCGCAAGGUGAUAUUGUCGUUAACAGUGCAGGGGUCUGAUAGCGUAGCAUUGGAGCCAAAGCAUGUUGCUGAGCUCGCCCUGGAAGUUCUUCAGGAGCCGCAGUACGAUGACGGUGAUAUAGUGGAGAUAAUAAUGAUUGGAAACAAGGAAGAACUGUCGGUAAAUGCACGCGAAAUGGAACUGGAGGUGAUGUAUCCUGCUGGGGGGAAGCGAGCCAUAGCUGAGGAGCUUAAGGUUUUCGAGCAAGUCAAGGGCAAGGGUGUGAGAGGUUAG